AUGAAAUCCAUAAUCAGCACAAUCGCCCUCAUAGGAGUCGCCUCAGCAGCGACAAUAGACGUCAACGUUGGCGAUAAGGGUCUCAACUUUAAUCCCGACAUCAUCAAAGCUAAACCAGGGGAUGAUAUCGUUUUCCACUUCUUUCCCAAAAACCACGACGUCACUGAAGGGAAAUUCGAUGCGCCGUGCGCUCCUUCAGACGGCGGUUUCUAUUCCGGUCUCAUCAACGCUGACGGCAGCCAGCCUGAUGCUACCUUCACCGUGAGAAUCAACAAUACAAACCCCAUCUGGCUCUACUGCUCGACCCCCCGUCAUUGUCAGGGAGGCAUGAGUGCUGUCAUCAAUCCGCCGGAUAAUGAUAAAACCCUUGACGCCUACAAAUCCGCGUCCAAAGAUGCCAAGAGCGUCCGACCAGAUCAAGUCCGAGGCGGUAUCUUCAGUGAGAACGGGGGGGCAAAACAAUCAGGAACUGCCUCGUGGACGGCUUCUGAUAGCCCAACUGCUACUGGUUCUGGUACGGGCACUGGUACUGGUGCCGCUAGCUCCACCAGUUCUCCUGGUGCUGCAUCUGCCCUUUUCAGUGAAGGGACCGCACUGUUUAAUGUAUUUGCGGCAGUAGUCGCGGGUGGUGCGGGAUUAAUUGGUCUUCUGUAG